AGCAGAGACGCUCCUCAUCAGAGAUCAGGCUGACGGGGACGCGGCUCGGUGCGCGCUCUCCAGCCUAACAAAGUGUUGACAAAGUGCGCAGAGAGUGCAGGGGGGGAGCCGCCGUGGGAGUGGAUCGCGAGUUCUGGGAGUGGAUCGGGAGUUCUGGGAUUCGGACCCGGUCUGGGGACUGACUGUGUGUGUCUGUGCUGUUGUUAAGGCAGCGGGAGGACCGGGACAGCCGGAGAUGAUGGCCCUGAGUCCCCGAUGGAAGAGGCGCAAACAGCUCAACCCCCGCAGAAAGAGCGUCCUGAACUAUGACACCGUGCUGGAGACAACCUCGGAGACAGAUGAGGAUGACCAGACACUGCUCCGCGAUGACAGCAGCUUCACAGGAGGAGGAGGAGGAGGAGAGGAUGAAGAGGCAAGCAGUCCAGUUGGUAUACCAACUCUGGAGGCAUCGCCCAGGGUCGGCCACGCCCUGCUGUCCAACAGGGAGCCAGAGGACUCAGAGCUCAGGGGGGAGGACGGAUGUAUCGGUGAGCGUAGCGGCGAGUACGACGCUGUGGGAUCUGAGGCAUCUCUCCAGGCGGAGGAAAACGGGGCAGGGAGCCGAUUGGAAGGCAUCUCUGAGCUGGAUGAGUUCUUCCUGAAACGGAAGCUGGAGGAUGACAACUGUCACCAGGAAACCAUUGCUGAGUACCUCCAGCGCAGCGACACUGCCAUCAUUUACCCAGAAGCCCCGGAGGAGGUAACACGACUGAGCACGCCCGAGGCCGCUGCGCAGGAUGAGAGUGAACAUGACCUGGCUUCCAGCGCUGCAGAUGACUUCGCCCAGUUGCUCACCUGUCCGUACUGUGAGCGCGGCUACAAGCGGCUGACGUCUUUGAAGGAGCACAUCAAGUAUCGACAUGAGAACACGGAGGAGACCUUUCCCUGUCUGCUGUGCGCCGAAACCUUCCCCCAGAGAUCUCAGCUAGAGCGCCACAUGACCACACACAAGCCCCCUACAGACCAGCCACCACUGCUCAGUGAAGGAGCUGCAAACCGCAAGUUCAAGUGCAGCGAGUGUGGAAAAGCCUUCAAGUACAAGCACCACCUGAAGGAGCAUCUCCGUAUUCACAGUGGUGAGAAGCCAUAUGAAUGCUCCAACUGUAAGAAGCGCUUUUCCCACUCGGGAUCCUACAGUUCCCACAUCAGCAGCAAGAAAUGCAUCGGCCUGGUUGCCCUUAAUGGACGAGUGCGAAAUGGGAACAACAUCAAACCUGGCUCCUCUCCCAACUCCACAACAUCUUCCCCAGGAAGCCCCGCCUUGGCCCAUCUCCGGCACAAACUAGAAAAUGGACGACUCUUUGGCCUGCAAGACCAGCAAGGUCAGCUGGACAUCAAGACUGAGCCAAUGGACUUAAAUGAGUACCGGCUGCUAAUGGCCUCUCAACAUGGGUUCGGAGGUCCAGGAGUCUAUCUAAAUGGCCGUAGUGGAAGCCCGCUGGGUAUCCAUGGCUCCUCACAAAGCUCCUUUCAACAACUGGGUGGAAUGGGGCUUGAUCUCUCCCUGAUGGGCUACACUGGACAUCUUGGGAACAGCCUGAGUGAGGUACAGAAGGUGCUCCAGAUCGUGGACAACACUGUUAGCAGGCAGAAGAUGGACGGAAAUUCAGAAGAGCUAUCCAAGCUCAGGGCCUAUAUGAAAGAGUUGGGUGCCCAGAUGGAAGCCCAGGCCAACUUUCAGGUGAUGGGCCACAAUAGUCCUACCAAGAGCAUAAUUGACUAUACGCUGGAGAAAGUCAAUGAGGCCAAGAACCUGAUCAAUGACUCCAAGAUGCAAGUAGAUGAUAAGAAAGAGAAACCAAACCACUCAGCUGAUCUUAGUUGUGAAGAAAAGUUGUCUGAUGGACAGAACCAAUUUCUGACAUUUUCUUGCCAAUACUGCAAGGAGAUCUUCCCCGGACCAAUCCCACUUCACCAACAUGAGCGCUACUUGUGUAAAAUGAAUGAGGACAUUAAAGCAGUCCUGCAGCAGCCAGAAAGCAGUCCCGUUGCCUGCAGAGGGCCAAGGGCUGAUGAACUGUCCCAUAAUGAGAGGGCAAACAGCCCCACCAACCCAUUCAAGGAGCACAUGUCAGUGCUGAAGGCCUACUUUGCUAUGAACACUGACCCCAACUCUGAGGAACUGCUCAAGAUUUCCCUCGCUGUCGGGCUUCCUCAAGAGUUGGUGAAGGAGUGGUUUUCUCAGUGGAAAGGUCAAAACAACCACAUGGACAAUUUGAGGAAAAAGUUCCCCACUCCUGACACUGGACGGCCAGACCAAAAUCUGAGUCGGUCUCCAAUAAAUCUUCCUGUUACAGAUUUACACAAUGGCUUUUUUAACAGUGAUGGUUCCUACAGACUCACAAAGACCAAUCAGUUUACAGCUACCAAGCAGACAAAAGGGGAUAAACCAAUAGAUCCUGCAGACCCCUUGAGGAGCAACACUCCAUCACCCCUAAACCUGUCUUCCACUUCAUCAAAACACUCCCAGAGUAGCUCUUACACUCCAAACAGCCUCACUUCUGAGGAUGCCCAUGGGGAUACUCCUCUGGAUUUGUCGCUGCCCAAACACAUGGCACAGAAGCGACCAAGACCCAAUGGUUUUAUCACUGAGCACAAUGGCGAGGAUGCAGGACGUGAACAGGGAUCUGGACCUUUGGAGGUUGCCAAUAUCAAAAAAGAGGUCUUUGCCUCUGACAGCGGUAGGAUCUCUAUCCAUCAGUUGGAGAAAAGCACGAGUCCAAUUUUUGGGAUUAAUCCCUUUACUGGAGGUCCUGUGUAUACCUCCCUGCCACCCCAAGGAGCCUUGGGUUGGCAGACCCCAAUCCCCGGCCUUGGUCACUACCACGGUCUUGACCCCAUGAGCUACCUGCCACACAUGGUCUACCCCUAUGCCACAAGCGCUGCAACGUUUGCAGAAAUGCAGCAAAGAAGGAAGUACCAACGGAAAGCAGGUUUUCAGGGGGAGCUGCUGGACGGGACGGCAGACUAUCUGUCAGGCCUGGACGACCUGACAGACAGCGAUUCGCUGCUCUCCAGGAAGAAGAUUAAGAAGACUGAAAGUGGCAAACGUCCACAUCAAUGUCAGAUCUGUAAGAAGGCCUUCAAACACAAACACCACCUCAUUGAGCACUCGCGCCUGCACUCAGGAGAGAAGCCCUACCAGUGCGACAAGUGCGGCAAGCGUUUCUCCCACUCCGGCUCUUACUCACAGCACAUGAACCAUCGCUACUCCUACUGCAAGAGGGAGGCUGAGGAGCGUGAGGCUGCCGAGAGAGAGGCAAAGGUAGGAGCGCUGGCUGGAGGGCUGGAGCCCACCGAGUUGCUGAUGAGGAGGGCCUAUCUGCAACGACUGGGGCCUCUCGGAUACUCCGAUCCCGAGGAACAGCCAGAGGAUGGCGGCGGUACCAUCCUGAGGGACGGAAGAGAGGGAGGAGGACAGGAUGCUGGAGAAGUGGACGAUAAGAUGUAUGAGGAGGUGACAGACGGCCAAGAGGCAGGUUUCAGGAACAGAGAGGAGGAGGAGGAGGGUGACAGCAGGAGCCAGAUGGACUCAGUGAUGGAUAAAGGGGGCAAAGACUCACCACAGCUGAUGGACACUUGUUCACGAGAAGGGAAGACAGAAGGCACGUUGGAACAGGAGGACUGAUGGAGAAAAGAGAACCGGGAAAGAUUUGUUUGUGAGGUCCAGUUUCUGCUUCAUGAUGAAGGCUAAUAGAGUGUCUGACUGACUUAGAGGAUGGUUGGUCAUUGGUCAGAUCUAUAUCCGAGGUAUACAUCAGGCUUCCAUAUAACAGUCAACAGUGUGCACUCAUGAGGGCACCUGUUACCUGUCUGUCAUCUUAUUUAAGGCUCCCACUGAGUUAAAUCUGUUGCUUUAACUGAAAAAAAAUUCUUAGGUCUGGUUAAUCACGUUCAGUCUAAUUUUUUUUCUGAAAACUAAAUAUGAAAUAUAUUUAUUACAUGUUUGUUUUAAUUGAUUCUUACAACAACAUUUUUCCCAACCUGUUUAAAGUUUUGAAACCUUAAAAAAAGCACGUAUGAAACAAAAACAAGUUUGUUAACCCUAAUAAUCUAAGUCUGGAACCCUAGAUUUUAACUACCUAUAUAAUGUGUUUUCAUUCAUUUUGGAGAUAGUCUGAAAAUGCUCUUAUUUUACAAUUGAAUUAGAGACUAAAAAAUGUUUUUUGAAAAAUGUGUAUUACGCAUGAUUUCUAUUUUUUUAGUUUCUAAUUUUUCUUUCUCUUUGGCCCAGUUGAUUCUUAUGAAAUAUGUUGAUCAAAGCAAAAAUAACUGUAAACAAUCUGUUAAGAUAUAUUAUUAAUUGGAAACAAAAUUAUAGAGUAAUAUUAGAUCAUAUGAAAUUACAUAAAAUCAUUGGCUGUCAAAGUGAGUGGGAAACAUCCUUGGUCUAGGCUAUAGACUACAAAAUGUAACAAGUGUCAUACAGCAGAUAGUUUCUUUUAGUAACCAAAAAGUUGGGUAAAAAAAACAACCAAAACUGGAAAGUUUGGUAAUAGCAAAGAGGAGGGAUAAAUUACUGAGCUGGUUAUCUUGUUAUCUGUUAGCUUGUUAACUGCUAGCUGGUAAACUGUUUGCCAGUUAACUGUUAGCCUGUUCACUGUUAGCUUGUGACCAGACGUCCAUGAUUUCUGGGGACAGUCCCCAUUUUGGGUGGCCUGUCCCCGGCAAAGGUUGUCCCCUGAAAUGUCCCCAAUUUCAAUGUAUCAUGAUGGAGUAAAAAAGCUGAAUGUGCUUUCCCCGCCCUGUCGGCAUUGCAGAUCAGGCAGGGGGUUGGUUGGUUGAUCAGGCAAAACAAGCCAACCCCCAUGCUUAACAAAAUCAGAGAUAUCCCUGGUUUUCAUCACAGAAAUCUGGUCAAAUUAUGUUAGUUUGGUAAUUGUUACCUCAUAAACAGUUUAACUGUUACCUUGAAAGCUUUUAGCUUGCUAAUUGUUAGCUUGUUAGCUGUUAGCUUGUUUCACCAAAUUGUAAAAUGCUAAUUUCCUACUACACAAAGGUGCUCUCCUCAUAGUUACACCAGAACUUUCCAUUUCUGGUUCUGUAUGAGGUGCUGUAAUAUGUGUAGGGAUAAACCUGAUAAAAUACAAAAAAAUUAACAUCCUGAACCGAGUUGUGAGAUUUUAGCCUAAAUAAGUUUUAAACAGUGUUAACAUUAUAUUGUAUGCCAACUCCAACCCUUCGUGUGCAAGAGGACAGCUGAGCUGAAUCAUGAAGCAGGACUGACAGGACUUGCUAAAAUCCAUGUUAUGCAAAAUAAGAAGAAAAUGAAAAUAGUAAUAAUUAUUCUAAUAAACUAAGUGAAGCGCUUGUUAAUGUACAGUAUUAUAAAGGCCUGAAAGCUGUGUGGUGCUCGGAUGUUCCUAACCUCUGUGUCUUGUUGUGUUGGAUAAAACCACUUCAGGAAAUUGCACUUGGCUCCCUGAAUCACUACAAAAUAAUAAAAAAAAAUUAAUUGAAAAAUUAAAGAGGGAAGUCUGGAACACUCAGUCAUGUUCUGUCAGUGUUAAUGUUGUUACUCUGUCUCCUUUUAAUGUGACUUUUUUUAUAUAUAUUUUUAUCCGGCUUUAUUAUUUUGCCAACUAACCACGUGACUCCGGGCCUCCUGAGUUGUUGUUGUUUUUUUAAUGAAGGAGUAAUUAAACCUUUGUGAGUUUUCAGUCUUAAAUCAGAGAGGCAGGAGUGAGAAAAUAAAGGGCUCAGCUGGAAAAAAGAGGACGGAGCCUUUCGCUCCAGAGAAAGCCUUAUAUGCAAACCUUUCACCCGUCUCUUUUUAAAAAGUGCCAUCCCUGCAGUGACACACCUGUCUCCCCCUGUCCUCUCAUCCAGUCAGUAUUACCUUAGAUAGAUGCCAUUCUGUAGUUUACAACUGUUGGUGCAAUUUCUACCCCCCGCCCCUCCCCAAGAUAGUACUCUUGACAGUAUUCAUUUUUGAAGUUACCAACAAAAAAUUCACUUUUUAUUUGAAGAUUUUCCAUUUUAUUUAUGUGCGUCCUUUUAUAUUGCUGUCUUUAUUUAUUUCCUACUGUAGUGUACAGUAUUAGGGUUCCUCACAGACGUAUAUUUUAGUAAAAUUGUUCCAUCAUCGACUAUUGGAGCAUAAAUGUUGAUCAGGUCGUAUCGUUGUUUCCUUCAUUUGUUACUUCAUUUGAAACUACUGAAAAGAAAUCUAAAUUUGGGGAACUUUUGAUACAACAAUUAUUGUGCAAGCACUGUAUUAAUAAAAAUCCACUUUAUUCAUGCCUCUGAAGAGAGGAUGAACAGAUGAUGAAGGAAGUCCUGAAAUGUCUGAAGUAUUAUUGUUUCAAUUUUUACUUUUUUUCUGUUGAAAUAAAUGUAGCCAAAUUAAAUUUUAAUAAAGCUGUGUUAUUCUUCUUGUA